AUGAACCGCGACGACCGCGAGUGUUGCGACUUUGCCAACAGCACCAGGCCUAGCGCCAGUUCUAGCUCCGGUCCUCAUCCGCCGCCUCGAUUCGCCCCGCUCCCCCACUCCCGCGGCAUCGACAUCCUUUGCGACGCCGCUGCCGGUUCGGCUGCGUCUCCAUCUUCACGUACCCCUAAACCGACCCCGGCGACAAUCUACCCGGACAGGAGCUCCAGCGCCAAGCUGGUGCCAGCUGCAUCCCCAGCUCUGCCUUCAGCCCCACAGGUAGAGGCCUCUGUUGCCUUCCCAUCAAGGCAAUCGAAGCAACCCAAAAGGAAGCACCCGAGCUCGCCAAGGUCAACGCAGCCGUCCCACGUGUGUCACAUCUGCAACCGGGUCUACGAGAGGGCCGACCACCUCACUCGCCACCUGCGGGCGCAUGAGAAUGCGCGCCCCUACCAGUGCACGCGGUGUCCGAAGCGCUUCAACCGCGCCGACCUGCUCACGAGGCAUGAAGCCACCCAUGAUCGUGAUGGCGCUGAAUCCGGCCGCUCCUCCAUCCGGAGGAGCGACCGCGCGUCCGAGGCGUGCACGCAUUGCGCUGCCUCCAAGGCCAAGUGCGAGGACGAGAAACCUUGUGCGAGGUGCCGGAGCAGGAAUCUCCACUGCGAGAUGCCUGCGAAGCGCUUCCACCAACUACGCACGCCCAACUCCUACGCAACCGCCGUGUCCACUCCCGAAUCGCCUCCCUCCGUGACUGCUGGGCAGCAGGACUUCGCCCCAGGGUCCGCUUCGCAGGCGUCCCAGUACGACGCCGAGAUGGAUGGGGCCACGUUUGCCACGUCCCCCUACGGCAACAGCCCUGCGCCGCAUUCCGUUGCCCAUGCCGCACCCUAUCCAAGGCAAAGUCCCGCCCCAACUACGUCCCUGCACAACCAACCGCAGCAGGAGCAACAAGAGCGGCAGCAACAGCAGCAGCAACAGCAACGGCAACAGCAGCACCAACCACAACAGCCCCCGGGUGCUCCCGAUGGCGCUACCUUAUUCAAUCCAUCAGGAAACUCGUUCCCGAACGUGGACUUCUCGUCCUGGGACCUAAACUUUGACAACUUCCCCGUCCCUCUCUUCGAGCCCUUUGGGCCGAGCCCGUCGACGGGCUCGACCCAUUCCAAAACAUCGGCCAAGGCAGUCAUGAGAGACCCUGCUCGCGGUCACGAAGCCUUCAAGCGGUCGCCAUGGCUUUGGGAGCCUGGUACGGAGGACUACCUCCGCCGCGAAACCGAGGGUCUAAACGUGAUCGAUGACCUUACGCGCGGGCUGAGGAUUGAGCGUGUUUCAAAGGAGCUGUACCCCCACAUUCGCAUAGAUGCUGGCAUGCGAGACAAGCUCUUCGCCAUGGUUCUAUCUCAGAAUAAGAACGGUGAAAAGAUCCCGUCCUUCCCCUCACUUGGCCUGCUUAACUAUAUUCUUCUCGUGCACUUCACCCUCGAGGACCGCAAGUUUGAUAGCUGGGUCCAUAUCGGCUCCUUUAGCCCUAGCACCUCUCUUCCCAUCUUCAUCGCCGCCCUAGCUACCCAUGGCGCCAUGUACGUCUCCUCGCCCGUGUUCUGGCAACUGGGCAUGGCUAUGCACGAGGUUGUGCGCCUAGCAAUCGGCUAUCAUUUCGAGGAUAGCAACUUUCAUACCCGCGAUCUCACCAUGCUUCAAACAUUCUCGUUAAACCUGGAAGUGGGGAUCUGGAGCGGAUUCAAGCGCAAGACGGAGAUAUCUGAGAGCUUCCUACUACCGCUCGUCACGAUGAUUCGUCGCGCUGGCAGAUUCUCUUUGCCUUUCGACUCACCCGACACAAUUCCUUUGACAACAGACACACCCGAGGUUCUGGACCGCAAGUGGCGCGAGUUCAUCAACAGGGAGUCGUACAAGAGGCUCGUGCUACACGUGUUCUUCCAUGACGCCCAGUCGUCCAUAUUGCUCUGUAAACACCCCGCAAUCUCCUUCACCGAACUGUGCUUCAGUCUGCCUGCUUCCAAGGAUCUCUGGCUCGCGCGCACAGCCGACCAAUGGCGUGACAUUUACGUCGCCAAGAUGAGCUCAGAAUCCUCGGCCGAUAUACCCGGCAUUUCCGAGGUGAUGCACCAUCGUGACCUCAUCUCCAUGUCUGGUGAACACGUUGACAAGGAGCUCUCCUACGUCGCGCUUCUCUACGGUUUCCGCGCGCAAAUCUCGAGCUACUGGGAAUCCACCAAAUUUUACUCUGCUGGCCGGCAGCCCAACGCGCCUUUGGCCAACUACCCGCCUUGGGUCCAGAUGCAGUACCAGACGCUGUACAGGGACCUCGGCGUCCUCGCCAGCCACGCUACCGCCGCCGUCCCGCAUUCGCCGUACCUCGCCCUCAACUCCGAGAUCAUGAUGAUGACCACCCACGUCUCGCUCGACGACCUGCAAAAGUUUGCCGGCAAGGCUGGCGAGGACGAGGCCCACCGCGUCUCCGACGCCCUCGACCAAUACUGGGCCACCACCCCCAUCGCCCGCCAUGCCGUCUGGCACGCCGGCCAGGUCUUCCGCCACGCCAGCUCUCUCCCGCCGGCAACCCUACGCGACUUCGCGGCUGUCGCCGUCUACUACGCAAGUCUCACGCUCUGGAUCUACGGCCUUCUACGGCCAACCGAGGGUUCCUCCGCCACCCCGGGCCCCGGUGAAGCCCCUAUAUGCGUGCCGGUAAACGGCGAAGAGACCCCAUUCACUCGCAAGUUUAUCGCAAGCGGCCAGGAGUAG